UAUCAGCAGCCUCCCACACAGACACAUCCCCAGCCUCAUUCAGCUCUGCCUGUCAGACCCUGCGGCUGCUCUGGUCCCUUUCAUGCUUUGCCCGUGGAUUCCGAAAGGCAAGUGAAGUUUGUUAGAGCAGAAUGAGAGCAACGCAGUCCUGUUGUCCUCACAUGGGCUCUUGGCUUUAACCCACGCUGCUGAAUACAGAGCUGAGGAGACCGGCGGCGCCCGACCCUUGUGUGUUGCUACUCUGUAGGUUAACGUGACAUCUGUCUGGCUCUCUGGAUAUGGAGAGAGAAGUCGGUGACACCAUGUGAGGAUAUUACAGGAGUAAAUGACACUGGUUGUGGAUUAGUUUCUAGGCUCGCUAUCAGAAUGGGAUCAGCAUAUAGAAACCCCGGGUGGAUGUAUAAAGUCAUGUCUCAGUGAGGGACACUUGAUUUCUCUUCGCUUGUACUUUAGUGCUGCUUCACAAUGAAGUCUGUGUUUUACAGUCGCUUCUUCAUCCUCCUUCCUUGGGUGCUGAUUGUGGUGAUUAUAAUAGACAGUGACACGAGGAGAUCCCCGGGCUCAGGCAGAGUCCCCAGCGCUCGCUAUUACCCCUACUGGAACCGGAGGGUCGGACGCGCAGCUCUCGUGAGACCCCGACCCAGUGAUCCCAGCGCUAACCCGGGGCUGAACUCUGCCCCUCACAGGAGGAAGAACGAGACUAUGCUGCCCAUGAUCUAUGCCAUCACCCCCACCUACAGCCGCCCGGUGCAGAAAGCAGAGCUCACCCGCCUGGCCAAUACCUUCCGCCUGGUGCCGCGUUUACAUUGGAUUCUGGUGGAGGACUCUGUGCACCCGACGGAGCUGGUGAGCCGCUUCUUGGCUGGGGCAGGAGUGAAAAGCAGUCACCUGUAUGUGCCGACCCCGCGCAGGUACAAGCGCACCGGGCUGCCCCGAGCCACUGAGCAGAGGAACGCGGGACUGGCCUGGCUCCGGCAGGAAUAUCAGCAGCGCCCGGGGCCACACUCAGCUCAAGCGCAGGACCUGCCCGGGGUCGUCUUCUUCGCUGAUGAUGAUAACACCUACAGUCUGGAGCUUUUCCACGAGCAGACUGAAAAACAGAUGCGAACAACUCAGAAGGUCUCUGUGUGGCCCGUGGGACUAGUAGGUGGGCGCCGAUAUGAACGUCCGGUUGUUGAGAAUGGAAAAGUCGUCAGUUGGUACACUGGAUGGAGGGCAGACAGGCCGUUUGCUAUUGAUAUGGCAGGUUUUGCAGUAAGCCUUCAAGUGAUACUUUCCAGUCCAAAAGCAGUGUUUAAACGGCGUGGCUCUCAACCAGGAAUGCAAGAAUCAGAUUUUUUGAAACAGAUUACAAAAGUGGAUGAACUUGAGCCAAAGGCCAACAACUGCACAAAGGUCCUUGUGUGGCACACCAGAACAGAGAAGGUCAAUUUGGCCAAUGAGCCCAAACAUCCUCAGGAUACAAUUAAAAUUGAGGUAUGAUCAAGGCCAAUUCGUGUUAGGAUGCCCUAAACUUUUGCAAUGGACACAAAACCAGUGAUUGUGAAGAUUCUUUACCCUGUGAUCAUUUGCUGAACUUGAAUUAAAGCUUCAAAUGAACAGAACAACCCUAUGUGGAACUUUUAAGACUUCAUUUAAAUGUCAUGGUCCUUGGAACGCUGUAUGCAUGUGCCACACCUCUCCUCUUUCCACUGCAAAGUUUCCUUCAGGAAAACAGCGUUAUUUUCUUGAUGCUUCUGUCUGUUUACAUCAAGGCUCUACCUACUGAGAGUACAGGUUCCAUAAGCUAAUAUUGCAGAACAAUACACUCACAAAAGUACAGCAUACAUUGUAACUUGUUUCCUUGUCAGAAAUAGGUAAUAAACCAGAGGCUACAUAAAAUACAAACAUUCUGUGAUUUUUCUGAUUUAAUACAGGGGUAAUCUCAUUAAUACUAGGCACCUUAAAAUGUAAACACAAUGAAGGUUAUAAACCUGGAUGUACAUUACAGGAAGAAAAACACUUAGCCCAUCAGGGAUAUUCAUAACAAUCCUCUACGUGCAUACUAUAUGCACAAUUAUGUCGAUAAAUCCUUUUAGGAUAAAUUAGACUGGCCAAUUAGAAUGUAUGAAAUAGAAAACAGCUAUCGUAGCAUCCAGGCUUAUACUCCCUCCUGAAUUGUGGUGCUUAGCUUAGCACACCAUAA